AUGCUUUCACCUGACGAGGAACACAAGAAGGAUCAGCGAAACCUGGACACAUACACUGAAGGAUGGGAGCUGUGGGACAAAACGCUGUACCUACACCCAGAUAGACUGCACACCAUCAAACGAUUAGUCAAGGAUCAAGGUUGGAAAUGGAGGAACGGCUCCGAGAACCAUGGCUGGCUUCACCAACUUCACCCUGGGACUUGGCUGCCCAUCUUCGUGAUUAAGGAGGGCCAAAGCCUUAUACGCAAGGAUCUGAUGGGCGUAGCCAUGGUGGAGCUGAGACUGAUGGACUGGAAGACGAAGGAGCCAUUCACGCUGAGGGGACAACGCAUCUUCACGGCGCAUGAGUUUCCAAGCUGCUCCUUUGCUGACCUGGAGCACGAAGGCGGUAACAUCGGUCGUGCUCUGCAGGGACCAAUCCGGCGGUGCAGCAUGACCAGAGGAUCGGACUGCACCGUGAAGCUGAGGCCUGUGAUGGUGCACGGGCAGUUGGGCAAAGGUAGACCGGCGUGGAGAGACCACAUCACUGCGGGCGGAACCAACGCCUACAACGGGCACCUGAUCAUCACUACUGCCAGGAGAGCCGAGGAGCUGUCGGCCCUAGGGGACGCCCAUGCUAGGGCAGGCCCCCCAGUAGUCAAGACUGAACCUGUGGAGCAUGCAAUCGAACUGAGGAGAGCCAGGUCUAUCGAGCGAGCCACAGACCCGAGGAGAGCCGCUCGUAAAUGGGAGGCAACUCUCAAGAAGAAUAGGGGCUCCUCUCAUACUGUCCCUGCUGGGAGGUCAGGAGACUUCCACAGGCUCAUCUCUACUAAGGAGCCAAGGGGGUCCCGCCAUCUGAUUAGCGAUGUUAAGCCGAAACUUCAACGAAAGUCCCCAGUUAAGAAGCCGAGGGACUGUGACGGUAUCCAUGGAAACUUGGGUAAAGAACUUCUCCGGAUGCUUGCUGCUGAGGGACGGCAUGGACCAUGGCGCGUCUACCCCGAGAGGAGCCCAAGGGAUUCUUCUUAUCCCUUUGCUGAUAAAAAGGCCAGGGGCUCUCCUUACCCCGCCCCUGCUAAGAGGGUGAGGCAUGAUUCCAUGGACAUUUCAAUGAACUUUGAGAGGCAGGUUUCAGUUGUCCAGCCAAUGCCUAAGCUGGAUGAAGAACCUCACUUUAACUUCCGAGGCCCGGUUCCAUCGCCAACACCUCCGGUCCCUGAGCCUCUGAGCCCAUCGCCCUGGUGUGCUCCAAUAGAAGAUGAGGUGUCCCCUGAUGUGGUUAUGGCAUUGCCUGAACCUGAGGCUAUGAACGUUACGAUGCUUGAGUCUGAGGUCCCAAUGGUAGCCGAUGCUGUGGCCCCACCUGAAUCCGGGGAACCAAUACCUGUGCAGUCCACUGACCUCAUACCCUCCUAUGGCUAUGAGGACUUCAUGAGGGAGUUUAACCGGCCUGUGGAGGAAGAGUGCCCGGAUUUGACUCUGCCGGAGCCUGUAGCUUACGGAUCGAAGCGGCUCCCUGAGGACUCUGAAUAG